GGAACAGCCUCAGGCUGGGCCAGGCGACGGGCAGGGUGGACACCAGGAGGAAUUUCUGCAUGGACAGGGUGGUCAGGCCUUGGCCGGGCUGCCCAGGGAGGUUUGGAGUCCCCAUCCCUGGAGGCGUCCGAGGAAUUCCUGGAGGUGGCACUGAGGACUCUGGGCAGGGUGAAACGAUGUUGGUCCAUCCCAGAUUGGACUCGAUGACCCCGGAAUUUUUUUCCAACCCCUAAAAACUCCCCGACUCUGUCAUCUCUACCCCAGGAUGCUCUACCAAAAAGGCGGCGCCGACCACGACCUGUGCCAGCACCCCUCGGGCUGCGGCCAGAAGUGCGGGACAUGGCCCAACCCCAGCGGGCACUGCCACGAUCCCCCCGCCACCUGCCCCAACCCCGGCAGCCUCAGCCACGACAUCGAGGGGUCCUGCCAGAGCCCACCCCAGGGCUGCCACCCCUGUGAGCAGCGCCCWCCCUGCCCGCCCCCGCAGAGCUGCAAACCGCGGCGGCGAGUGGAGGUGAGCCCGGUGCCCCCCGUGUGCCCCCCGCCCGUCAAGAUCCGCCGCCGGCCGCUGGAGCAGCACCGGCCGUGCCCGCCGUGCCCGGAGCCCGAUUCGUGCGGGAAGCCGCGGAGGAGAGUGGAGCAGCGUCCCGAAGAGGAUGAGGAGCCCCCGGUGAUCCUGCAGCCUCCCCGGCCGCUGCAGCACCGCGGUCCGUGUGUCCAGCGCUGYCCCCGGCCCGUUCCGUGCUGUCCCCGGCCCGUUCCGUGCUGCCCCCGGCCCCUCCA